AUGUGUUAGAAGUGCUUGGCAUAGUGAUAGAUACCAAUGCAUGAGAGGCUCUCUCAUUCAAGAGAUUUUCAGGUGCUCAAAUCUUUCUAUACCCAUAUCAAAAAAAUAUUAUAUCAGCCCGAAUGUUGGUGAGGCAUGCCAAAGAAUGAUGGUUCCGAUUACAUUCUGCCCGAAUGCUUGAAGGUUCAAGCUUCCGAGUUCGUAAGUUCGGCGAGGUCCACCAUUGAUGAAGUCCAACAAGUCAUCUCCAUCAUCUCCAAAUUUACCUAUGUAUUUGGUGUUUUUCGGCUCUCCAAUUCCAUUUCAGACUGUCUUGAUCUCCUCGACCUCUCUGCCGAUGAACCCAAUUGGACUCUACUUCUCAGAAUCCCAAUGGUGGGUCUCUGUCAUCUUUCUCUCUUUCUAUUCUACCUUCCUACUUUUCUAGCUAAAGCAAGAGAACGAUAUUGAAGUGAAUCACAAAGUAAAACAGAAAAUCACCCACCUUUGAUGUCAAAUUUGACACAGCCA